GUACAAUUUGCCGUCUUCUGAAACAAACAGCGGGCUUAAGGUGGAACUGAAGCGUCUUCGUAGCAAUGUUUGACCUGAAGAAGAGGAAUAGUUUGACUCUGAACUGCAGAGCCAAGACGGAGGAGUUCAGAAGAGUGGCGGUCAGGCGGAAGGUCAAAGGUGCUGCGAUGGACUGCCUCGCUUCACACACAGAGGUGAGCAGUGGGGUGUGCGGCUCGUACAGCUGUGGCAGCGCUUGUGACAGAGUCUGUGGAUCCGAACCAAACUCUAAACCUGGUACAGAGGAAGACAACGAAAGACCACAUGUGCCUUCUAAAUCGGCUCACCUCCAGAGCAAGGCAGGACACGCUCCAGCCCACAGUCAACAAGUGAACGGCACGGAGCAAGACCAGAGUCUGAAAAGAGGUGACGGAGUUUCUGUUUCCUGUGUCAGCCCAGCACAGAAUUGUCUAGGCUCCGCUAGUCCAAUCAGUGGAGGCUGGAACUUUUUGUUGAAUGGAGUCCCUGCCGCACAUACACAGGGGAUUCCACACAUGACAAGCAGUCCACUUUUAGGAUCUCCAAGUCCAGGCAAAGUAGGCAUUCAGAGCUGUAGCCUAUUGGGAGUAGAAGGGCACAGUCCUGCUACAUUGUCCCCAAGGAACCACAGCCCUCUCAGUGGAUUACUGAAGACCCCCAGCCCUUUGCAGGGGAGAAUCAAGAGCCACAGCCUCUCCAAUAAAUCUAAAUCCUGGCUUGGACUGCACAGAAUCCCAAGCAGCAACAUGGAGGGGAAAAAGAAGAGAGCGGGAAAAUCUUUGAGCGUGUCUGACUUGAUUGUUUACUUGGACGAGAGCAGGAUUCCCACUGAAAACAUUGAACGCUUUCCACUGGCACCGCUGCAAUCCCCCAGCUGCACCGGGUCAGACAUCACCCUCAUAGCACCAGUUCACCAUAGACUCAGUCACGCCAAAAGUGAAGCCCAUCUGUCAAGCAACGGCAAAGGGCAUUCCCCGGGACAAAUGAAUGGCAUAGUGCAGGGGGGAGUUUGCACAGCAGUGAAUGGACUGGGAAUAAAUGAUAGCAUGGAAGAAGACAAGAUACCAGCAGGACAUGGCUCCAAGUCCUCCUGCCAGUGGAACGAGGCUACUGGAACGACAGAAGAUGGCAGGAUUCAGAAGGAGUCUAACGGCGAACAAAAUGAUGAUGAGAUGAGAAAGGAGAGAGGAGGAAGCGAGCCAAAAGAUGAAGAGAACCAAGAGCAGAAGUUGUACAAGAUAGCCAAUGAACUCCUGCAGACAGAGAGAGCCUACGUAGCUCGUCUCCACCUGCUCGACCAGGUGUUCUGCUCACGCUUAACGGAGGAGGCAGGCGGCGGCUCGUUUCCUCCCGAUUUGAUAAGAAAUAUCUUCUCCAACAUUUCCUCCAUCUACUCCUUCCACAGCCAGUUCCUGCUACCUGACCUGGAGAACUGCAUCAGCCACUGGUGUGAGAGCCCAGGCCUGGGUAGUGUUCUGCUUCAACACGCACCCUUCCUGAGGAUGUAUGCCGACUACAUCAGGAACUUUGACCAGGCCAUGGAGAUGGUGAGGACCUGGAGUGAACGCUCCUCUGUCUUCAGAAAUAUCAUCCUGGACAUACAGAGUCAGGAGGUGUGCGGCAGCCUGACCCUGCAGCACCACAUGUUGGAACCAGUCCAGCGGGUUCCACGUUAUGAGAUGCUCCUCAGGGAUUACCUGAAGAAGCUGCCCAGGGAAAACUCAGAUUAUGAUCUUGCUAACAAAUCCUUGCAGAUCAUUUCCAUGGCAGCCACCCACUCGAACAGCGCCAUCCACAAGGCUGUACGUUACAAUGUCACACCACAUCAUGAGAGCCGGAAGCGGCUGCUGGAGAUCUUUGAGAUGGUUGGAGAGGAGGAGGUGGUCAACCCGACCAACGAGUUCCUCAGGGAAGGACGUCUGCUCAAGCUUGCUGCCAGGAACACAUCCGCCAUGGAGAGGCACCUGUUCCUGUUCAACAACUUUCUGCUGUGCUGCACUCCUAAGUUCAGCCUAGUUGGGCAGCGUUUUACUGUCCGCUGCAGGAUCGGAGUGGAUGGCAUGCAGGUGCAGCAGACCACCAAUGAAGACCACUCGCACACCUUCCAGGUCUCUGGAAAGGAGAGGACCCUUGAACUGCAGGCCAACUCUGAACAAGACCGAGAUGAGUGGAUAAAGGUAAUUCAGGAAGCCAUUGAUGUUUUCCUGAAGAAUCAUCAAACCUUCAAAUUGGCUUUUAAGGAGCUAAUAGUAGAAGAAUCAACGGAGGAACUCGGCCGACGGGCCCCUCGCUGGAUCAGGGACAACGAGGUGACCCUGUGUAUGAAAUGCCAGGAACAUUUCAACCCACUCACCAGGAGACGACAUCACUGCAGAGCCUGCGGCUGCGUGGUGUGCGGGAAGUGUUCAGACAACAAAGCGGCUUUAGAGUAUGACGGCAACAAGCUGAACAAAGUGUGCAAAGCCUGCUACUCCAUCCUGUCGGCUCAGAGAGGAGAGAAGGUAGAGGGAAAGAAGAGAAGGAUACUGGAGUCGGAGAUUCCAAUCUACAGUGACUAUGUGAUGUGUGGCUUCCUGCUGUAUGGUGACAACCCAAAGACCUGGCAACAGAUGUGGUCUGUUGUCACCCGGUCUGAACCUGUGCUCCUCCACCUGUACACAGCCCCACAGGAUGUGAAGCCCCUAUCCAGUAUACCGCUACUGGGCUAUAGUGUGGAGGAUUCCCCGCAGGAGCUCCAGGGUCAUCCUUGUUUCUAUUUAAGACAAUCCAAAACCACCCACACUUUCUCCUGCGAUGGCUUGGACCUCAAACAAAGCUGGCUGAACAUCCUGAAAGCUGCGGUGACCGGCAGGCAGUACGACUUCAACACCAAUGACUCCAGAUGGAGCAUUACUGGUAGUUUCAGUGAUGGAAGCGCGAGUACUGGUGAGGAAUUUCUCAUCAUUGGCAACAAUGAAAAGAACUCCUGAAUGCUUGAGAUCAGGCACUUAUGGAAAGUACACGAACACACAACAACAGACCAAGUUCCAUUGAUGUUAAAGACGGUAACGUUGAAAUAAACAUUUAAUAAAAUGAGUAAAUUCAGGAAUGUAAAGGUUGUUAUUGACAAUAUUCAGACUGAAAACUGUGACUCCCUUAACGGUGGCGAUGCACUUUAUUUCUGAAAUGUUUUUUUACGGUAAAGUAAAUAAAGUGAAGGUGUUUUAACAUGAGUCGGACUAUCCCUUCACCUACAAAGAUGCUUGCUUCAGCUUUGUACAACGUAAUCUAAGGUGCCAUGCGAUGUGGCGGACACACGAUUGCAUGAGGGGUUCAGUGAUACACAGAGGCUCUGUGGGAUCAUUUGUCUUAUAAAACACAUUCAACUGACCCCAUUUCUUCACAGAUACAGCAAUUGAAUAUUUACACUCAAACGAUAAACACCUAAAGAAAGUCUAAAUAACACAUUUAACAGAAUAAACGAUCAGUGUAAAAUAUAAAACGGCACAAUAACAUUGUGUCGUUUGUGUGCAGUAACCAAAGCACUGGGUUAGCUUCUGCAAUAUGUUUCAAUGGGGAAGAAAAAAAGUUUCUUUUUCAGAUUGACUUAUUUCAAUAGUGUUUUUUUUUUUUUUUUUUUUUUUUUCUUUUUUCAGCGCAUGUAUUUUCACAUUGCAGUGAUGUAAUGAUAGUCCAAAAUACAUACCCACAAAACACUGACAUUGCUGUUCUACACAAAUUGUUCAAUUAUACCUGAUCUAUGGAGGGAUGCAAGCUAAAAUCAUAAAUGUCCCAUCAAAGGGAAAAAUAACUAGCAAGCUUUUUAAGCCUCUUAGCUAGUUAUGGUUUUAUGGAACAUUUAACUGAAUGGUUCACUACUCUCACCAAUCAUGCUUCCAGCAUCAACGGAUUGGGUUUUGUUUUUUCGGCAAAACAUUUCAAUUGCUACCUAUUUAGCGCUAAACAGGAGACUGACAACAUUAGCCGCUAGCUGGUGAAGAAAGUCGAGCAGCUUAAAGCUUUUAUUUUUCACAGACAAACAACGACUCCAUGUUGAUGCUAAUGUGUCUUUUUCAAUUAGGGGCCAUUCUUCGCUACUUCACCAGCCAUUCAAAUUGUAACAAUCCAAAAUCAGAUUAAUGCAGCUUUGAUGUUCUCACUUCCUUUCCGAAUAACCAAGAACCUUGUUUCUUUUAUGUCACUUAUGCGCUACACGAUGUUACUUCUCUACUGACGAAGCCGAAAGCAUAUGCUGCUGUGCUUCAAAAUGUACGGAGCGUAAAUAGUUCUAGUGUUGCGUCUUAACCGAUUCUCUAUGCUGCAGAUGGGAGCUGUUAAAUAACCAACUCGGUGUCUCUGAAUUGAGAGGAUCAUCUGAAGUUGUGAACUGGCCCCCUGAAGGCCCGUCUCUGUGUUGAUGCUAGAGCUGCAAACACAACUGGACAUCUGAGAAAAGCAUUCAAGACUAAACUGGCUCUUUGUGUAACCACUGCAGGCCCAGCGGACAGCGCCGCUGCAAAUAAAGCCAUUUCAAGUAGCCUUUAUGUCCACGUGGACGUCUCCCCUUUUCCUGUUCGACAUCAUUAGAAAAUCUGAUUUGGUCUUUAAAGUAAUUUGUCUUAACAUUAAAUGACAAACUCCUCAAUUUGUCGCACCACGUGCCAGUGAAACAGCAGUGCUUACAGA